AUGAAACACUGCCAGACAGACUCUCACUCUGGAGAGAGACCAGACUCAGAGGAACCAGAGACGUCUGAACCAGCAAGACGACACCACUGCUCCCAGUGUGGAAAAAGUUUUACCCAAUUACGGACACUGAAGGUGCAUGAAAGAAUACACACUGGAGAGAGGCCCUACCAAUGUUCCCAAUGUGGAAAGAGUUUUGCCCUGUUAGAGAGCCUGAAAAUACAUAAUAGAAUACACACAGGAGAGAAGCCUUACCAAUGCUCCCAGUGUGGAAAGAGAUUUUCACAGUUAAGUUGCCUGAAAUCACAUGAGAUAAUACACACAGGAGAUAAGCCUCACAAAUGCACUCUAUGUGGUAAUACUUUUAAGCGUUUAAGUAACUUGAAGGACCAUCAAAGAGUACACACAGGCGAAAAGCCUUACCACUGUUUCCAUUGUGAAGAGAGUUUUAGCUGGUCAAGGCAACUGAAAGCGCAUGAGAGAACACACACCGGAGAGAAGCCCUACCAAUGUUCCCAGUGUGGAAAGAGUUUUACCCAGCUAGGGAGCUUGAAAAUACAUAAUAGAAUACACACAGGAGAAAAGCCUUACCAGUGCUCCCAGUGUGGAAAGAGAUGUAAACGGUUAAGUUGCCUGAAAUCACAUGAGAUAAUACACACAGGAGAUAAGCCUCACAAAUGCCCUCAAUGUGGUAAUACUUUUAAGCGGCGAAGUAACCUGAAGGAACAUGAAAGAGUACACAGAGGGGAAAAGCCUUACCACUGUUUCCAUUGUGAAAAGAAUUUCAGCACAUUAAGGCAACUGAAAGAGCAUGAGAGAACACACACCGGAGAGAAGCCCUACCAAUGUUCCCAGUGUGGAAAGCGUUUUAACCGCUUAAGUAACCUGAAAUCACAUGAGUGGACACACAGGAGGAAAGCCACAUCACUGAUCUGUGUGGAAAUAGUUUAACCUCAUCAGGCUUCCUGAAGAUUCAUGAGCAAAGACAUACACGGGAAAAGCCUUUCUACUGCUCCCAGUGUGGAAUGACAUUUACCUGGUUAAGGCAACUGAAAUCACAUGAAAGAAUCCACACGAGAGAAAUGUUAUGAAGUGUAGAAAUAUAUUUACCCAGUUUAGGCACCUGAAAAACCGAGGUUACACACACGGGGAGAAGCCUUACCCAUGCUCCCAGUGCGGAGAGCGAUAUUUCACAUACUUACAAUUCAUGAUGUAACACACACAUUUCUCCCACACUUGUCUCAUAUUUUUGACUGAAAAUUGGUGUUUUGUCAUUUUGUUAAUGCCCUUAUUUCAUAUGAAAUCAAAUUGGAGAAAACCUACUCAAAAAUACAUUUGUUUUGUUUUUUAAAAUCCAGAGACAUGAAAUGAAUAUGGUAUGUAGCAGUUUUUAUGUAGAUUAUGUACACACACUGUGAUUAAAUAGUCUUUAUUUUUUUA